CCGGUGCAUUCCCUGAUGUCACCUCUGUCCCCUCCCCGAUGUCCCCGUGUCCCCUCCCCGCUGUCCCCGGUGCAUUCCCUGAUGUCACCUCUGUCCCCUCCCCACUGUCACCGCUGUCCCCUCCCCGCUGUCCCCGGUGCAUUCCCUGAUGUCACCUCUGUCCCCUCCCCGCUGUCCCCGUGUCCCCUCCCCGUUCCUGUCCCGUUAAAGGCGGCCCCGCUCCGCUCUGUCGCCGAUGUCGCCGCGAUGUCGCCGCUCGCCGAGCCCGAGAAUCCCGCGCGGCCCUGCCGGUGCCUCUGCCCGGACCCGAACCGGGACCCGAACCGGGACCGGGACCAGAACCGGGGCUGGCACCAGGACGGGCACCAGGAGCGGGACAUGAACCGGGACUGGGACCGGGAUCGGGACCGGGAAUGGCACCAGGAGCGGGACAGGAACCGGGAAUGGAACCAGAACGGGGACGUGAACCGGGACCAGAACGGGCACCAGAACCGGCACCAGGACCGGGACAUGAACCGGGACCAGAACGGGCACCAGAACUGGAGCCAGAACCCGCACCAGAGCCAGAACUGGGACCAGAACGGGCAUCACAACUGGGACCGGAACCGGGACCGGAUGUGGGACACGAACCGGGACAUGAACGGGCACCAGAACUGGGACCAGAAUCGGGACCGGAACUGGGACCAGAACCCGCACCAGAGCCAGAACUGGGUCCGGGACCAGAACCGGGACAUGAACAGAGACCGGGACAUGAACCGGGACCUAGAGCAGAACUGGGACAUGAACCGGCACCAAAACUGGGACCAGAACCGGGAAAAGAACCGGGACCGGGCCCGUGACCCGGAGCAGCCCCUGGAUCCCCGCUCCCAUCCCCGGUGCCGGUGCCGGUUCCUGCUCCCGGCGCUCGCCGCCAUCGCCGCCCUGGCCGCGCUCGGAGCCGCCGCCGCCGCCGCCGUGGCCGCGCUCCGGGGGCCGCCCCCGGUGAAGGCUGCCACCGCUGCCCACAUCCUGCUCAGCCCCGGCUCGCUGUCCCCGUCCCCGCGCUGGCAUUACCGCGACGGCGUCCAGGGCGUUUUCCAGAGCGGUGACAUCGGGCCGGACCCCUCGGGGACAUCGCUGCGGGUGACAUCGGGGGGGCUGUACCUGCUCUACGGCCAGCUGGGUGUCACCUGCGCCGCCGCCAGCUGUCCCCAAGGCUCUGUCACCCUGCGGCUGCGCCGCUCGGCGUCCCCGCGGCCGCUGCUGGCCGUGUCCCUGUCCCUGUCCCCCGCGGCCGGCGGCCACCGCCAGCGGUCAGCGCUGGCACAGGCGGUGGCACAGCUGUGGCCCGGGGACACCCUGAGCCUCGAGAUGGUCGGGGACAGCGUUGGGGACAGCGUUGGGGACAGCGUUGGGGACAUGGGCGGGUGGCAGCUGGAGCAGGAGGAGCGCGAGGGGAACUUCGUGGGGCUGCUGAGGAUCGCGGGGGGGUGACAGCGCCUGGUGGCACCGGGUGGUGGCACUGGGUGGUGGCACCGGGUGGUGGCACCAGGGUGAUGAGGGGGUGGCACCAGAUGGUGGCACCGGGUGGUGGCACCUGGCGGUGGC